AUGUCUCACAAUAGACGAGCUUGUGUUUCUCAUCAAAAAAAUUUAGAUAUUUUUCAUAAUAUCAAGAAACACACGCCGGUAUCGAAUAAUAACAUUAUCAACAACAAACGGUUUCAUGCAAACCGUACUUAUUUCCGAUGGCACAACAGCGUCACAAAACACAUUUACUCAAAUCGUCUAGGCAUUUCCUAUGAUGUCUCAUAUUUAGCAAAUGGAUAUAAAUCUUUUCACAUCUACAAGGACUGUCGUAUGUACCAUAAACGAUUGGAUAAUUUCCGUUCACACCACUCCGACAGCAGUAAAAGGAGUAAAAAACAAAAAACCCACUUUCAGCGGGCAUGUAGAUCUGUUUUCUACAAUCGUGGUAAUAACAAGAAAUCACAGAAACGUGUGGAUAGUCUUGAAGAAAAACUUCGCUGUGCUAAACAACAUCGAUUUUUAUUUUUACCUUCACAACAUAUUAACAAACCUAUACAACAUUUGAAAUAUCACAAGAAAGUAGUGCUCAGAGAUGAGAAACAUUACAAUUUCUAUAUACCUCCAGAUCCCAUUAUUAAGACUCAAGGUGCAGUAGCUACCUUAACUAAUCUUGACCCGCCCCUUCGACUUUGUCCAGGAAAUGAUUCAAUUAGAACAUCAAAUACUAGCUCGCCUGCCAAUAACUCACAACCCGUUCUCGUCAAAGAUGAGAACAUUUGGCAUGAUAAGUUGGGCAUUUGGAUUCCUAACGACCUCUUUGCUUACGUAAACGACGAACCGGUUUACAUUUCUAAAAGACAGGCAAAACUCAAAGGUCAACAACAUGUACCAGGCAGUGUGUACUGGUUAAAUGGUAUUAGAAAACGUAAAGAAGCUCAUGAACUAGCUUUGCGACAACAAAAAGAUCGAGAGGCAAGUGAAAUUGCACGUCUUGCUUACGAAAAAGAACUUUCUGCCAGAGCUAAGCUCUGGGGUACCUCCUCCAACCGUAUAGAAUAUCGUGAAGAUAUGACGAAAGAUCUCACCAACUUUCAAGAACAUUAUCACAAGAAAAUCACGCCUCUGAUUGAGCGUUGUGCUGUUCUAGAGAACAGAAUCAAACAAGGAAAAAACGUUUAUAAAUCUAACAAACAAUUACUCCAAUUAGAACAGGAAUUAGGUUUUUCCCAAAUUGACUAUUUUUCAGUCAUGGACGACAACGCACCUCACUAUCGUUACAAAGGACACACGUCAGAUGACACAAAACAACUUGAACUCAGACCACAUAAACGUCCUCCUAUCUUGAUCACGGAUAUAGAUAGAUCUAAUACUCACGUCAAGAAAUUGAGACUAGAUAUUUCGCAGUCUCCAGAAGACUUUAAAGUCUUCACUUCACUUUAA